GUGGGAAGAGGGACCCACAGGCACGGAGGGCCAAGGGGCCGCGCCGGGGGCCGGACUGAGCCUGGACCGGCUGCAGCAGCUGCCGCCCCGAUCUGGGCUCCUGAAUGUGGGCUCCCACCAUGUUACAGAGGACCAGCUGGAGGAUCCUUUCUCCCCUGGCUCGUGGGAUACCACCAUGUUAGCCCUGCAGAGCCCAGGGGCCACAGAACUCUGUUCUGUAGGGGGUGACAUGAUGGCUAAUCACGUAGACCUCUUGACUGAGCUUCAACUGCUGGAGAAGGUGCCCACCUUGGAGAGGUUGAGGGCAGCCCAGAAACGCCGAGCCCAGCAGCUGAAGAAAUGGGCCCAGUAUGAGAAAGAGCUGCAGCAUCGCAAACGGAAACACGAGAAGAAGAGGAGCGCUACCAGUCGUAAGAAGGUGUCCUUCGAGGCCAGUGUGGCACUGCUUGAAGCUUCUUUAAGGAAUGAUGCUGAGGAAGUGCGCUACUUUCUGAAGAGCAAGAUAAGCCCUGACCUAUGCAACGAGGAUGGACUCACUGCACUGCAUCAGUGCUGCAUAGACAACUUUGAGGAGAUAGUCAAGCUUCUGCUGAGCCACGGGGCCAAUGUUAAUGCCAAGGACAACGAGCUGUGGACCCCCCUGCAUGCUGCUGCCACCUGUGGCCACAUCAACCUGGUCAAAAUCCUCAUUCAGUAUGGGGCAGAUUUGCUUGCAGUCAACUCAGAUGGAAACAUGCCCUAUGACCUCUGUGAAGAUGAACCAACCCUCGAUGUGAUUGAGACUUGCAUGGCAUAUCAGGGCAUCACUCAAGAGAAAAUCAAUGAGAUGCGGGCAGCUCCUGAACAACAGAUGAUCACUGACAUCCACUGUAUGAUUGCAGCGGGUCAGGACCUGGACUGGACUGAUGCUCAAGGAGCCACUCUGCUGCACAUUGCUGGGGCCAAUGGAUUCCUUCAUGCAGCGGAGCUCCUUCUUGAUCAAGGAGUACGAGUGGACGUCAAGGACUGGGAUGGCUGGGAGCCUCUCCACGCAGCUGCUUUCUGGGGCCAGAUGCAGAUGGCAGAGCUGCUGGUGUCUCAUGGAGCCAGUCUCAGUGCUCGGACAUCCAUGGAUGAGAUGCCAAUAGACCUUUGUGAGGAAGAAGAGUUCAAGGUGUUGCUGCUGGAGCUGAAGCACAAGCACGAUGUGAUCAUGAAGUCCCAGCUGAGGCACAAGUCCUCCCUGAGCCGGCGAACGUCCAGUGCAGGGAGUCGAGGGAAGGUGGUGAGACGGGCAAGCCUCUCAGAUAGGACCAACUUGUACCGGAAAGAGUAUGAGGAAGAGGCCAUCGUGUGGCAGCAGAGGGCCUCCGCUGCUGAGGAGCAGAGAAACUCCAUCUACAAUGGGGAUGUCAGAGAGACCCGUUCUGAUCAAGAGAACAAGGAUCCGAACACCAUGCUGGAAAAGCCGCUGCUUCUUUCUGAAUUUAUGACCAAAAGCACACUGGGGAACACAGACCUGCCCAUGCAGAAUGGCCUCCGGGGUCCAGUCAGCCCUUACCAAUACUCAUUGUCUAAUGGGGACAUCUGGAAGGUGCAUGAGGUCCCAGACUACAGCCUGAGUGCAUCUCUUCCCUACGGCAGCCCUGGCCUCCGGGACAUGCCGCAGCCCUGGAACGUAUACAAAGAAUCCAGCCACCAGACGCUGUCAGAGCUGAAGCGGCAGCGGGCAGCGGCCAAGCUCCUCAGCCACCCCUUUCUGAACCCCCACCUAGGUGGUGGGGUGUCAGGGGUGGGAGAGGGCAACAGUGAGAGCAAGACCCCCCUGAUCGGAACAAGAACUUCUCCUUACAGUGCCAAUGGGACUUCUGUCUACUACACAGUAGCCAGUGGGGACCCCCCUCUCCUAAAGUUCAAGGCUCCAAUGGAGGAGAUGGAGGAGAAAGUCCGAGGCUGUUGCCGGAUUUCUUAGUCCUGCUGCCGCCAUGCCCCUGGACCCAGGAAGGAGGGAGAAGGACCUGGUCACGGUCAAGGCACUGAGCAUCCCUGAGCCUGACCUGGGAGGAGUACCUAAGGGGCAGCCACGUGGGAUGGAAAAUAGAA